AUAGAAAGGGAAUGUAAGAAACCAGGCGGUGAGCCACACAAAGGCUGAUCUCAAGGCCGUCGUCCGUCGCAUUCCCUAGUGCUGCUUUCCCAUUUUUUAUAAUAUGCAUUUGGGUUGUCGCGCAAACGCUGCACAGGACGAAGUGGCUGGUUCGUAUUAGGUCUUCUUGCAUUCUCGAACCAACAACGCGUCAUAGACGUUUGCGCAAACCGACGACAGGAAAAAAACCCCAUCCAUCACAUCAAAACAUAGGACUUGCUAUGCCCUGUCAAUCGACGGCAAGAUCGAAUAAAGAUGCCAAAAUCUAGAAAAUCCACAGAGUCGAGCGCCAAGCCAAACGUUGCCACGAGAACUUCAACGAGGAGCAAAGGCAGGGUCUCCAGCAAGUAUUUCCAAAACAACGACGACAGCGCUCUGGACGACGCGGCGCGGGAAAAUACGGAAACCGGUUCGAAAAGAAAACGAAAGUCCAAAGCGCCCACGGCCUCGAAUAAGAUUCCCAAAGUGGAGGAGCCAGAGCGUCAGCCGAACCCAUCGCAGUAUCAAACCCUUCUAUAUCUUCUGUCCCCGUCGGCUUUGCAACUAUGCCGCCCGAAAGACGAGUCUAAAGAGCUUGCCGAGAAAGGCCCAAGCGCCGACUACCGCACAUAUUCCGGGAGCGUCUUGACGCCUUUCGAGGAGUUGCUCAGCGCCGUGAUCCUUUCGCGACCCAUCUCUCAUGCGCUGGGCCAUCGCUCGAUCAGGACGAUUUUGAACCCGCCGUAUAGGUUCAGCAAUGCCAGAGCGAUUCGCAAGGCCGGUCCGGCCCGGGUUCUCAAAGCCAUGUUCGACGCGCGGACCCAGCACAAGGACAAAACGGCCGUCGCGAUCGCCAAGUUCGCUGACGUAGUUGCGGAGAAGUUUGGCGGUGAGGACGACACGAGCUUGGAGGAGGUGAGGAAGCAGAGCGACUACGACCCGAACAAGGAGCGCGCGCUUCUGAAAUCAAGCAUUCAUGGUCUGGGGAACACGGGCCUGAACAUCUUCUACCGCCGGAUCCAAUGGCUUUGGACCCAGAGCUUUCCGUUCAUGGACGAGCGCACGGAGGAUGCAGCCGCUUCGUUGGGCUUGCCAGACGAUGCGGAGGAGUUGUACGACAUGAUCGACGCGAUAUGGGAGGAAUUAGAUACAGACCAGUUCGACGGCGGGGACGAAGAGGAGAAGAAACGACGGGCGUUUGUUGUUCUCCUGGAACGAGUGAUUGGUGCACAGCUGGAGAAGAAAGUCGUUCAGGUUCUGCAGGAAGCCGAAAAGAUGCCCGAAUGACAAUUCAAAGGACGAGCUUGUGAGGCUAGACCGGGGCGAAGACCACUUCCGUUCGUCCCUAGCGGGUUUAUAAUUCUUCACAAAACACGUUUCAGAAAAGCUCUUAAAUUUUUUUUUCU